AUGUCGACAAAACGUAAAAGUUCACGUUCUAUUAGUUCUCGAUCUGGCUCAACAACUUCUACCAUAACUACAACAUCAACCACAUCUACACCAUCGACAACAACAACAACUACUACAACAAUCACAUCACCGUCAGCAAGUUCUUCUUCUAGCCCUCCAACUUCCUCUACUAGUAGUACUGUACCAAUUGCCUCAACUUCCUCUUCUUCUAGUUCCAGUAAUGGGAGUAGUGGUAAGUUCUCUUCUUCAAGUAGAUUUAAUAAUAAUCCGCUGAGUAGUAGUGCUAAAAGUAAAUUUCCAUCCGCCUCUUCCUCUUCUACUAAUACUUCAUUAAUUACACCUCUAUCUAUAGAAUCAUCUUUUUUAUUAGUUUUCAUAUUGAUCAGGUAUUAUGGUAGGAAUAUUGCAAAAGAUACUGGUUUUUCAGUGUUGAUAGAUAAAAGUUACUUUAGCCAAUGA